AUGGCGUGGUGGUCCGGGAAGGUAUCGCUCGGCGGCCUGCAGGACAUCGCCGGAGCCGUCAACAAGAUCAGCGAGAGCGUGAAGAACAUCGAGAAGAACUUCGACAGCGCGCUCGGCCUAGAGGAGAAGCGCGACGAUGAGGAAGCAUCAGGAUCGCGGACAUCCAACUCUGAUAGAAUAGGAUUCUUCAAUCCUGUCAUGGCUUUCAUGGGACACAAUGGUGAGGAGGAUGGCACUGAGGUAUCAGAAAAGCCACAAUCUCCAAAGAAUCUGUCAGUAGAGGAAGAAAAUCAUAGCACCCCAACUAAGAAACAGAUAUCUGAGGUAGAUCCUUCUGAAGUAACAGGAACAACAUCUCCAAAACAGCCUUCAAAAUCGGAAGAAGCUCAUAGUAUCUCCAAUGAGUCACCUGUUUCUAAGGCAGAUGUUUCUGAGCAGUCUAUGACACCACAAACUCCAACACAUCCUUCAGUACAACAACAACAACAACAUAGCCUUUCAGUCCCAACACAUCCUUCAGUAGCAGAAGGAAAAAUUGAUGGCUUCACUGAGGCACCUGCAUCUAAGGUGGGUGAUGGUGAACCACCAGAAACAUCACAAUCUCCAGGACAUCCUUCAACAGUGGAAGAAAACCAGGACCAUCAAGAUAGCAAACAUUCUGGUCCCAGUGAUGAAGCAGAGCCAAAUCAGCUUAGAGAGUCUGCUGGAGACUUACCUGAUGGUAGUGCAUCUUCUUCGCCUACCAAAAUAGAUAAAUCAGGUGACACCAAAACAGGGGAAUCUAUUAAUACAGGAAAGGAAGACACAUCUGAUGGGAACACCUCUCCGUCACAACCAGCAGAAUCCACGCUAGCUAGUUCAGAUAAUAUAACUGAAGCUGAGGACAAGAUUGCUCAAGAAUAUGAUGCCCCAAAAGAACUUAGUGGCCCACUGGAGAAUAGCGAUACAGUAGAUAGAGUUACUCAUCUUGAAGUCAAAUUACAUGAUGGCGAUAUUAAUACCGAAAAAAGUGAGGAAGAAAGCAAUAAGAUGGAGGCAGGGGAAGCAUCUGUUGUUGCACAGGAGGAUAAUGUAAUGGAGCAACCUGAAGACUUAACGUCAAAGUCCAUAACUGCAGCGCAUGAUUCACAUUUGCAGAACGAGUCAGUGGUCAGUUCGACAGAUGUACCUGCUGGACUAGGGGGAGUAGGUCCUGCAAGUGAUUUUACAAAAGAAGAAAAGAUUCCAGAAUCUGUUAGAAGCACAGAUUCUCAGAUUCUGGACUCUGUUGUUUCUGUCGCUGAGCUAGAGAAAUUAAGACGUGAAAUGAAGAUGAUGGAAGCUGCAUUGCAAGGUGCUGCAAGACAGUCACAGUCCAAAGCUGAUGAAAUUGCAAGGUUGAUGAAUGAGAAUGAACAACUAAAAUCAACAAUCGAUGAUCUCAAGAGUAAGUCAUCUGAAGCCGAAAUGGAUGCACUUAAGGAUGAAUAUCACCAAAGAGUAGCAACUCUUGAAAGGAAGGUGUAUGCAUUGACCAAAGAGCGUGAUACACUAAGGAGAGAACAGAAUAAAAAAAGUGAUGCAGCUGCCCUUUUGAAAGAAAAGGAUGAGAUCAUCAAUCAGGUCAUGGCUGAAGGUGAAGAACUAUCCAAAAAACAAGCUGCCCAAGAAGCUACAAUACGAAAACUGAGAGCACAGAUUCGUGAGCUUGAAGAAGAAAAACAACGUCUGAACUCAAAGAUCCAGGUUGAGGAGGCUAAGGUUGAAAGCAUUAAGAGAGAUAAGGCAGCAACUGAGAAGUUGCUUCAAGAAACAAUAGAACGAAAUCAGACUGAACUUGCAGCUCAGAAGGAGUUCUACACCAAUGCUCUUAAUGCAGCUAAAGAGGCUGAGGCAUUGGCUGAAGCAAGAGUCAACAGCGAAGCCAAAGUUGAACUGGAGAACCUUUUAAGAGAAGCUGGUGAAAAAGAAAAUAUGUUGAUUAAGACAAUCGAGGAGUUGAGGCAUUCUCUCACCCGACAAGAACAGGAGGCUGCUUUCAGGGAAGAAAGACUAAAAAGGGACUAUGAUGAUCUUCAAAAGCGGUAUCAAGCCAGUGAACUUCGUUAUAAUGAACUAGUGACACAAGUUCCCGAGUCUACCAGACCGCUCCUAAGGCAAAUUGAGGCCAUGCAGGAGACAGCUGCUCGAAGGGAAGAAGCUUGGGCUGGUGUGGAGAGAACCUUAAACUCUCGCCUUCAGGAAGCAGAAGCUAAAGCUGCUGCUUCAGAAGAAAAAGAGCGGUCUAUAAAUGAGCGACUGUCGCAAAGUUUAUCCCGGAUAACUGUUCUUGAGACCCAGAUUACAAUUCUUAGAACAGAGCAGACACAGCUGAGUCGAUCUCUUGAAAAGGAGAGGCAGAGAGCAUCUGAAAGUAGACAGGAGUACCUAACAAUUAAAGAGGAGGCAGCAAUGCAAGAAGGGCGGGCUAAACAGCUCGAAGAAGAGAUAAAGGAGCUUAGAGCUAAGCACAAGAAGGAGCUGCAAGAAGCAGCAGAACACAGGGAACUGCUUGAGAAGGACCUUGAAAGGGAAAAGGCUGCCAGAGCAGAAAUUGAGAAAACAUCUUCCCGUGAAGCACCUAAAGUUCCACUUCCCGAUCAGACAAGAAAUGCCCCUCUCAGAAAGCUGUCUAGUUCUGGCAGUAUAAAUAGCCUAGAAGAAAGCCAUUUCCUUCAAGCAUCGUUGGAUUUAUCUGACAAUGCUUCAUUAGAGAGGCGAAUGUCUUCAGAAAGUAAUAUGUCGUAUUAUCUGAGGACCAUGACUCCAAGUGCUUUUGAGUCAGCACUUCGUCAAAAGGAUGGAGAGCUUGCUUCUUACAUGUCUCGCUUGGCUUCAUUGGAAUCUAUUCGGAAUUCACUGGCGGAGGAGUUGGUGAAAAUGACAGAACAAUGUGAAAAGUUACGGACUGAAGCUGCAGCUGUGCCUGGCUUGAGGGCUGAAUUGGAAGCUCUGAAACAAAGGCACUUUCAAGCUCUAGAACUCAUGGGGGAACGUGAUGAAGAGUUGGAGGAGCUAAGAAAUGAUAUUGUUGACCUAAAAGAGAUGUACAGGGAGCAGGUGGAUCUUCUUGUUAGCCAGCUCCAGGCAUUGGGUGCUCGUGUAUAG